AUGUCGCUCGACAGCUGGCAAGGCUCAAUCAACACGGUCUCCCGAGUCCUCUCCGAGCUUGUGCGCGAAGAAAAUGCGAAAAUCGCCGAAGACGACCGAGCCCAGUCAAACCAGAGCCUGUUCUAUGGAUGCCUCAACGCAGCGAAAGCUGCCAUCGAUGUCCAUCCGCUCCUCAACAUCGUCUACAUCGAUGAGUCCCUCGAGAUUCCAGAAGCAAGACUCCCAGCAUAUCAAGAACGAGUCUCAGCUCUCAAGGAAAAGGGUCAAAAUCGAGAAUCUUACAUUCAAAAAAAAAAUAGAAAAAACCCUUCCAAAAGUCAAGAGCGGACUUUCUGUUCCGAGAAGAUCGACUCCCCAAGGAGGAACUUCGCGAUUGGAAGAGGACUCGACGAAGCGAAUACGUCAAAGAUGGAGUCCCCAAAGACAUCGCAGCCACGCUGGCAAGACGCGACUCAAGAACCAUCGGCUGGACUUCUCGUCGAGACGGAACUACACAGACUCACCCGGUCGAAGCUCAACGAGCCAAAUGCCAGGAAACUCAAACCUAUCAAGGAACGGGCUGAAAAGAAUCUCAAAUUGAGUCCUUAG